CCUUUAAAUCCGCACAGCUGAGCGCAUCCAGGAAGCAGCCGCGCGCGCAGCGAGCUGAGCGUCACCAGCACAGUCACGUUUGUUUAUUUUGAUGUCUCUCGUCUGAUUUUAGAUCGUCGGUUUUCCCGCAUCUGGAGAGGAACCAGCGUCGGUGUGCCGUCCCAGCGCUACUCUCGGGUGGACGGUGUUACAUUUCAGGAGCAUGGCCGACGGUCCAGAAGCCGAUGUGGACGACCCGCCCAGUGUUCAUUUCCCUCCGCUCAUCACCGUCUCUGAUCUGCCCGGCGCCACCGCUGCAGGCCGUAACCUGAAGGAAUGGCUCCAGGAACAGUUCUGCGACAAACCUCUGGAGCAGGACGACAUGCGGCUCCACAAUGCGGCCUACGUCGGGGAUUUGGACACGCUGAGGAACCUGCUGCAGGAAGACGGCUUCAAACGGCGAAUCAAUGAGAAGUCCGUGUGGUGUUGCGGCUGUCUGCCUUGUACCCCUCUGCGGAUCGCGGCCACGGCAGGACACGCUGCCUGCGUGGCCUAUCUGAUCGCCCAGGGAGCCGAAGUGGACUUAGUUGACGUGAAAGGUCAAACAGCCCUGUACGUAGCUGUGGUUAACGGUCACUUGGACUGUGUCCGGAUCCUCCUGGAAGCCGGAGCUGAUCCCAACGGAAGUCGGCACCACCGCAGCACCCCGCUGUACCACGCUGCCCGGGUCGGAAGGCUGGACAUACUGCAGGAGCUCAUCAGGUUCAAUGCUGAUGUAGACAUGGACCACCAACUGGGUCCCCGGCUCCUCUUAAGUGCUCGCACCCUCAACACCCUGGUGGUGUGUCCUCUCUACAUCAGCGCAGCCUACCACCACCUCCACUGUUUCCAGCUGCUGCUCCAGGCCGGCGCUCAGCCUGAUUUCAACUACACGGGGCCUGUCUGCCAGGAGGCUCUGACCCGCGGCCUGGCCUCCUGCCUGCUAGAUGCUGUACUGCGACAUGGAUGUGAGGUGGCCUUCAUCCACCUGCUGCUGGAUCAUGGAGCCAACCCGGCCCUCGUGCCCUGGGAUGAAUCGGAGCUGGAGGCUCCUAACAGGAGGAAGGUGGAUCCGGAGGCGCUCAAGGCCUUCCUGGAGGCAAGAAGACGCCCGGGUAGGCUGACACACCUGUGUCGCAUCAGGAUCCGCAGAGCCAUGGGCAAAAGUCGUCUAAAACACAUACCCUCGUUACCGCUGCCACAGCCCAUCAAGAACUUCCUGCUACACCAAAACUGACAACCUUUCACCUUCUGCACUUCUGCACAGCACAGUCAACCCCCACACCAGUCCCCAGGUUGGAGCGUUUUGUGAGCUCAGUUUGCUAAUUACUUAUUAUUUUCUAACAACGAACAGUUAGUUCAAAUUUUUUUUCAAAUAUUUUGAAGUUAUUUAUUGAAAUGCUUCUCAACUUAUCAGAGAAGCCUUAUUGUGUCCGUACAGUGUGCAUCCUACACGCAUGUCCUCCCGAAUCACCUGAAUGUGUUCUGGUCCUGCCUCAGUAGCACUUUUCAGCUCAAAAACCAUAGUGAGAAUGUCAUUCAGUUUGAAGCGUUGACUUAAUCAUGCUAUGUGUUAUACAUCCUGUUCAGAUUCAGAGGAACAUUACUCAGAUCAGGCUCCUUGAAUGGCUAAUUUAUCUGUUUUAUAUCAACUUGGAUUUUAGGCCUUUUGCCAACUGUCAGCCUGAGAGAAAGCAGAGUGCAACAACCCAGUGUGUCUAAGCUUAUACUGUACAUCACUUAAGCCAGAAGUGAUUACUGGUGUGAAGUGGAACAAUAAUAAAGGUGUCCUAGAUUAGAUCUGUAUUCUACUUAUGUAUUCAUUAGUAAUUUGUCUGGAUUGUGGGUUAGUAAACUACCAACACUGACGUUCUGUGUUUACAUUUCUUUAUCAGCUAUGGGUUCCUCUUUAACCGUAUGCCUUACACUGAGUUUUGGAAGACUGAUCAGACCAAAAAUACUAAAUUUCUAGAUGUUUCCUAAGGGGGAAUCUUAUAAUGUGCAGUUUAAGGGCAGUGCAUUAGUGUUUAAGUUAAGGUCUGUAAUUGAAACAGUGAUGGCAAGAGACGUGUUUACAGCCUGUGUCUAGCUAUUGAUUUGUGUAACGAUGAAGGAGACUUUGUAGCAUGUACGGUUUAUUUAACAAUACUCUCUGUGAAUGAAAUGUACUGAUGACGACUUACCCAGAAA